AUCCCGUCCUUCACCGACUAUGUCAGCCCUCUGGCCUCCGACUUCGAUCCGAAGAAGCUCACCGUCGCCAAGCUCCGCAACAUCCUCCUCAUGAACGACGUCAAGUACGGCGCGGCCGCCAAGAAAGCAGACCUCAUUGGUCUUUUCCGCGCCGAGAUCUCCCCGAAAGCCGCCGCCACCCUUAAGGCCAUGGCAGACGUCCGGCCAACAGCCAACAGGAUUGUAGACGCUUGA